UGAUGUAAUUGUUAACAACAAGUAAUUAAUUAUAAUUAAUACUAUAUAAGAUACUUUACUUACGUAAAAGAAGACAUGGAAUCAAAUGACAGAAAUCAGUUCUCAAAUGGUGAUGCUGCAAAUAAUAGGGAUAUCGAUUGGUCUAGAUAUGGAUUACAUAAUAAUGCAGAAACUCAAAGAAAUAGUGAAGCACAAAGAAAUAAUAGAGAAUAUGCAGAACUUGGGCCUGAAAUGUAUCAAACUGGAACAAAUGAGUUAUUUGCUCAAGAAUAUAGUGCUGAUCCUUGGUGGAAAUCAAAUUUUUUCAUUUCACAGCCUAUAUUAUUUGGAACAUGGGAUGGAGUAUUUACAUCUUGUUUAAUUAAUAUCUUUGGAGUUAUUGUUUUUUUGAGAGCAGGGUGGAUAGUGGGCCAAGCUGGUAUUCUUAAUGCUGUAUUAAUCAUUUUGUGUACAGUAUGUAUUGCACUAAUAACUGUAUUGUCUGCUGUGGGAAUAUGUGAAAGAUGUCGUGUAGAGAGUGGUGGAGUUUACUUUUUGUUGUCACAUGUAUUAGGAUCAAGAUUUGGUGGAUCUAUUGGACUACUAUAUUGUUUUGGUCAGGCGGUGGGCUGUGCUCUAAAUGUUCUAGGGUUUGGAGAAUCUAUGGCUGGUCUUGUGGGUUUAGAGUCUGCAUGGGCAGAACGUGGUUUUGCUUGUGCUGCUGUUAUCUUGUUAUCUGUUAUUAAUAUUGCUGGUGUCAAAUGGGUUAUAAAACUCCAAUUUAUUCUCUUACUAAUUCUUUUGCUUGCCGGUGUAGACUUUAUGGUUGGAAGUUUUACUCAUGUGAAUAUUGAGGCUGGUUUUGAAGGUUGGUUGUCAGGAAACUUGAAAAAUAAUACUUUUACCAACUAUCAAGAUGGGUACAGUUGGUUUACAGUUUUUGGAGUAUUUUUUCCUACUGUAACAGGUGUCUUAGCUGGAAUUAAUAUGAGUGGAGACUUAAAACAUCCAUCUACUGAUAUUCCUAAUGGUACAUUGGCAGCUGUAGGAACUGGAACAUUUUUGUAUUUAUGUUUCUCAAUGUUCCUCGCGGCAACUUGUACUCGAAAGGCAUUGCUUACAAAUUUUAUGAUUGCAUCAACGGUAUCAGCGAUUUCAGUACUGUUGCUAGCAGGUCUUUAUGUAUCAUCAUUCAGUAGUUGUUUGGGUGCGAUGUAUGGUACACCACGAGUUCUUCAAUCUAUUGCUAGUCAAAAUGUUAUACCUGGAAUGAAUUGUUUACAACGAGGGAAAGGACCAAACAAAGUACCUGUAUAUGCAAUGUUAGUUGUUGCUGUUGUUACACUGACUUUCAUCAUUACUGGUCAAAUUAAUACCCUUGCACCAAUUGUUACAAUGCCUUUUCUUUUAACAUAUGCGUGUUUGGAUUAUGCGUAUUUUGCUCUCGCACAAACAUUUGAUAUACAAUUGUCUCGAGAACAAAGAUUUCGAACACAAUCCCCAACAUUCGAUCGCGAUUACGGCUCUGCAAGUAGAAACAAUUCAAUAACAGAUACAGAUAAUGACUUGGAUAAUUUAUUCCCUGAGCGAAUAAGGCAUAAAAAUCUCAUUAGAAAUCCUAGCCUUUCCGAAAAUAAUGUUUAUAUAGAUUCUUCUCCAAGUAUUGAUGAAAAUGGUAGUGGCACGGAUAAUUCAGAACGAAAAGUUCAUAUCCAUAACAAAUUAGGAAAUUGGUAUAGUCCUCUGUGUAAUAGAUGGUUUUCACUAUUGGGAUGUCUUAUAAAAUUACUUAUUAUGUUUCUCGUUCAUUGGGGUUAUGCUAUUGCCAAUAUUGUUGUCGUUUUCCUCGUUUGGAGUUAUAUUGGUCAUGCUAACCCUGCAGUUAAGCCAGGUGUUUCAUCCGAAUUUAAAUUUUUUAAAUGGCUGAAAAUAUCGUUAUUACGGAUUAUGGGAAAAAAGGUGUAUGACUAUGAGCAAAUUGUUGUUACACCUGUACAUCCUGGUGUUGAAACUUGUUCAGCUCAAUUAAAUGAAGAAAAUGAGGACUUUGCUGGAAGAAGAAGAUAUCAUCAAACGGCCACAGUUACUGGACAAUAUGUUAACGUUGAUUGAAUAUCAGUUUCUAUUGAAUAAUUAGGAAAAGUAUGAAAUGGAAAUCAGAUAUAAAUUACUUAAAUGAAAGGAAUUGUACAGGAAUCAAAUUACCGUCAUAUUUUAAAAUAGGGUAAAAUAUGAAGGAGAGCGCUGUAAUUUGUAAUGUUAUUGAUCGCACAAAACUAGUCUAACUGAGAACAUUUCAUAUCGGAGGUACAAUAAACUUUUUAUACGAUAUCGUGUAAUAACUUUAUCAGCACUAGUAUUUGAACAAGGAAAAACAACACAAAAUACUUUAUAUCGAACAACUAAAUAAUAAGGUCAUAUGACUUUUUGUACUAGUUUAUUCGACGUAGACACGAAUGAAAUGCCAUACUGCCAGAAGCAUUUCUAAAAUGGA